UCUGCGACGAACAGCAUUGCAGUCUCGUUUCUGGUUUUCGUCCAGUGGAAGUGGAGUUUCCACGCUGCGGGAUUUAGCAGGGGCAGCAUCCCCAAAACAUGACUGGAGUAAGUGGGGGAAAGACACCGGGUGGGCCGAAACCCAAAAAACGUGGACGUAACCCCAGAGACACUGACGACCCCGUCAAAAAUUUUGAGAGAUGGAAGAAAAAAUACAACAAGAAGAAAAUUAGGGUCAAGCAAGAGAAAAGACGGAGUAAGAAACCAGAGUGGCAGAUUGAGAGGGAGACGAUCAGCAAACUGGUGAAACGGUACCAGGAGAUCAACCCAAAUGAGGCAGUGAAAUUUUCAGAUUUUCCCUUGUCAAAGAAAACUUUGAAAGGAUUGUGGGAGGCACAGUAUCGUCUGCCCACUGAAAUUCAGAAGCAGACGAUAGGUUUGGCGUUGCAAGGGAAAGAUGUCUUGGGAGCAGCGAAGACAGGAUCUGGCAAAACUCUGGCCUUUCUGAUACCUGUUUUGGAGUGCUUGUUUCGCCAACAGUGGACAGCGGAUGAUGGAUUAGGCGCACUGAUCAUUUCACCCACCAGAGAACUGGCUUAUCAAACCUUUGAGGUGCUGCGAAAAGUGGGGAAGAACCACGAGUUUUCAGCUGGCUUAAUCAUAGGAGGAAAGGAUUUGAAAUCCGAGACGGAAAGGAUUCAUCGCACCAACAUUAUCAUUUGCACUCCGGGACGCCUCUUGCAGCACAUGGAUGAAACAAUGUCCUUCCACGCUUCAAACCUGCAUAUUUUGGUUCUGGAUGAAGCAGAUCGAAUUCUGGACAUGGGUUUUGCAGACACUGUAAAUGCCAUUGUGGAGAACCUGCCCAAGACUCGUCAGACCCUGCUCUUCUCAGCUACGCAGACCAAGUCUGUGAAGGACCUGGCCAGACUGAGUCUCAAAGAUCCCGAGUAUGUCUGGGUGCACGAGAAAGCUAAGUUCAGCACCCCUGCAACGCUGGAGCAGAACUAUGUUGUCUGUGAGCUGCACCAGAAAGUCAACAUGCUAUUCUCGUUCAUGAAGAGCCAUCUGAACAGGAAGGUCAUUGUGUUUUUUUCAAGCUGCAAAGAGUCGCCUCGAGCUGUGGCUCAGACUCCCUUUGAGCUGCCCGCUGCCUCCCUGGGCAUGCCAAUCCGGACCUCCAGAUCAGCUCGGCACUGGCACAAAUUUGCGCAAGAACCCGUGACAUUGCUGGUUUAUUGGCUAAUGUGUGUUUUUUUUGUUGUUUUUUUUCUUUACUACUUGCAGCAGUCAGAUGAAAAACUACCCCAAAAGAAGAAGGUUGAGAAAGACUCCAAGUUCAAAGCAGCCAAGAAAGCACUGAAGAGGAAUUUUAUAGUGAACACAAAAAUUACAUUUACUGAGGAUGGAGAGAUGGUUCAGCAGUGGCCUCCUGUACAGAGGUUGGCAGUUAAAGAUGAGGAUGGAGAAGACGCCAAUGCUGGCAUUGAUGUGCAAAAGGCCCGGGAGAGACUGUUUGAGGAGGACAAAUUUGACAAAGAGGAAUACAGGAGAAGAAUCAAAGAAAAGCACAGGGAGAGAAGGCUCAAAGAGAAAGCAGCCAGACGAGAAGCCAGCAAACGACAGAAAGAGGGUGCAAGUGAUGAAGGUGAGGAGGAGGAGGUGGUGGCCUAUCUUGACCAGAGUGAUAAUGAAGGAGAGUUUGACCCCAGCACCCUGCCUGAUCCUGAUAAACACAGGGACUCUGAUCAAGAUGAGGAGUCGAGCGCUGGAGAAGAUGUGAUCACGUCCUCUAAGAAGAGGGUGAGGAAGAGAAGCCACGGCAGUGAGAGCAGCAGCCCUGACGAGGAGGAGAUGCCUGCGGGGGGGAAGAAGAGGAAGAGUCACGACCAUGCCAGCCUGCUCAAGCCCCUGGAUACUGGCUUGUCCUUGGCAGAAGACGAGGAGCUUGUGCUACAUUUGCUCGGCAGCAGGAGCUAAUUCUUUUCUCUGGAGGUUGUUUUCUGGGUCAGUUUUUUUUCUAUUUGACUAACCAUUUUUAUCAGUAUUGAUUUGGCAAGUGGUACAGCUGAAGGAGGUUGAAGUACAUGCAACAUGCAUUCAGAUUACUGAUUGCACAUUAUAAUUCUUUGAAUGUCUUUUUACUCAAACCCCAGUCUAACAGCAUCGCUGGCCAGUGGGUGGGAUGCUGCCAGUUAAUCAGUAACCGCUCCUUGGUAUUGUGUGUUCAUUUGUUGAACAGUUCAUAUAGCAUCUAGUGCUGGCUGGCACCGAGAUUAAAAAAAAGGCAUUGUAUCCCAUUCAAAGUAUAUGCUCCCUGCCAGGAUUUCCGUGACUUGAACUGGAAUAUAGGAGAUUAACAUACUGCAUUUAGUUAAUAUGUUAAGCCACCUGCCAUCUUGUACAACAAUCCUCAUUUAUUAUAAUAAUUCAAGUGAAGAAACAUUGCUGACACUGAUUGAUACUACUUUUGUACCUAUGUAAAACAUUCUGGAAAAACAUAUAAUCUUUUUAUGAGAUUCUGUGUGUUUUAAUAGCAACCUUUAAUGAGGAGUAUAUCAAGUGUUUCGCAAAAGUAUGUUUUUUAAGGAAUAGUAAUAAAAAUGAGUAUGUA